AUGCCCUACUGGGUUCUGGACAGGCCUGCACGACGACAUGGUUAUACCAGGAUGAUUUGCCCUACCGAGUCAGCUAUAUGCAUUCUGACGGAGCAGGAGACUUAUGCUAAGGACAAUGAUGAUGUCAAGUUAGAUACCGAUUUCAACCCGUCUUCAGCCGACACACAGUAUUCAGACGAUUUUCCGAAAGCUUGGACCGAAACCGAUGAUUGCGGUCUCAAUCCCACUGGUGAAUUGGAAAUUGCUGAUAACAUUCUAAACUGCGCAGAUUCUGCGAAUGAGCUUCGUUGUUUCCUAGUGAAUUAUGACAAGGCUUCCUCACAUUCCGCAAUAAACGAGAGCAACUUCACUGGCAAAAGUGUUACCCCAUCGUCUCAAUCGGAAGUUCCUUCGAUUUUUUGA